AUCUAGUAAAGGAGGCAUUGGUCUAUGUCACGUCCAAGACAAGCCGAGCCGCUCACGUUCCGGCUUUCCCGUGAAGUUGGGGGCAGACGUUCUGUGGUGGCGCCAGAAUUAUGUAGGAUAUGUAAUAUUAGUUAUACGAUGUGGUACUUCUACGGUAAACGCAGUUCUUUGCCUACACGUUCACCGGUCUGCGGCAUAAGUCAAGAUGAGCGGGUGCACUUAUAAUGACGUGUCAAUGGUUUGAAUAGCUGGUCUGUGGACUGUAGGCUAGCAGACGAUAGAAUAUACGUCGUCGCCGCUUCGUCUCCUGCAUCGAGGUCCGCUCUGCCUAGGUCAAGCGAUACCGGUAUUACGACGACCACAAUGGAGCUGGACGUGCUAGUGGCUGUAUGUGGGUGCAUGGCACUUCUGUUCCUCUUCGUCAGGUACGGCAGAGGCAUCCUGGAUGGCACUGGCUCAUCAGUGACGUACAUUGCCCAGCGUAAGGAUUAUCAUCCCAUGGUCCAAGUGGAGAACCCCUUUGUAGUGGCCUGUGAGAGCACCGGGGACCCAGGAGGUCUGGCGCUUCAGCUAUGGAGCGAGUGCCCAUGCCAGGUGUGGUUCUACUGGGGGCUAAGCUACGCGGCUUUGGCGAGCUGGCCGCGGCUGGGGUGGCCGAGGCUGCGCGAAGCGGCGCAGGCGGGCAGCCUCUGGGUGGCACCCGGAGACUGCAUGGUCCAGGAGCCCCCCGUUAGUCUCGACAGCUGCCAGCGACACCUGUGGCGCGGCGUGGGUCCCGCUGUGCCACCACGCGAACCGCGCGUGUCACUUGGUGUCCUGUUUGUGCGGCUUACCGAGGCAGAGCCCAUGGAAGUGGUGGCCCUCGUCGGGGCGGUGGAGCUGUCGGCGGCUGGCGUGCCUCGGCUGCUGGCCCAGCACGUGAAGCUGUCCAACGGCCAGAGCUGGCCUCUGCGUACCCUGUUCACGCCCGCGGGCGCCUCCUGCAUGGUGUGCCAGGUGGAACCCGCCAGCCUGGCGCUGCUGCCGUGCCGGCAUGCCGGCCUGUGCGGCGCCUGCUUCUCCCGCGUGCAGAACUGCCCCGUGUGCAGGGCGCGCAUCGUCUCCUGCUUUCACGUGGACCCCCGGACACUGGGCGAGACCGAGACAACCGGGGCAGACCUGUAGUAUACAUGCACGCGGGACGGUUACGGUCGUGGCAAGGACCGCGGACGCUUUUCGAGUUCAGUGCCGUGGAUUCUACAACACCCUGCCAGCCUUCUCCUCGUGGGAACUCUUGGUACCAGCAAGUUCACGAACGCCUAUGUGGAACAGGGGCGUGUGUGUCGUCAUCGGUAUAGCGCUGGUUUCCUGGUAACUCAUCGUGUCUUUUCGUAUUCUUUCGUCUCGCAUAAACAAUCUGCCGCUA